AUGAAACGUCGUUAUUGCAGAAGAAGACAAUUUCAGGGUAAUAAUACGACGAGUUGUGAUAUUCAAUGUUUGAUCGAAGAGAUCUGUAAGAAUCGAAUAUCAGCAGCGAUCGAAGAGAGAGACGAUCUGUGGCGACGUCACGAAAAAGCGCAGAUAGCAUUCUUACAGAAAGAAAACGCUUCAAUGCUUACUGGAUUACAUACGGAAAUUGAACGCCUUCAUCAUGAGCUCAGAGACGCUCAUCGUCAACUCUACGUUGAAGAAAAGGACACUGAAACAAGUCAACUGGAAGAAGAGAACGCAAUUCUGCGUCAGAGAUUAGCCGAAACGGAGCGCAGUAAUGAGGAGUUGUCGAGAAAGUUGGACGAAACUCACCGACAAUCCUUACUCAUGGAACAACAGCUAACGAAUGCCAUAAAUAUCUUCAAAAACCAACUUGCAUAUCAGGGUAACAAAAUCAGACAACUCACUGAAGAAGUGCGUGAACGGACGGCUACAAUUUCCCAAUUGAUGACAGAGUUACGAUUCGGUUCAGCGAGUGAUCUGGCUUGUAAUCGGAAUCAUUGUAUUGUGCAUGCGAACUCGAAUGCAAAUGUGGAUUAUUCGUUCUACGUGACGAAAUCAAAUCAACGACGUGUAUCUUCAUCAGACCCUUCUGAUAAUAACGUCGUCUCAAAAUGUCAUCUUGUUCGCAGUGUUUCAGUGACAUAUCCUGGUGGACGACCAAAUGUUAUCACACAAAGAUAUAAACACCCUCCAGGAAACCCACGUUCGCAUCACUUGCCGUGUCUCUACUCACGAUGGCAAAGUUUCUCGGUUGGAGGAUGCAAUAAUAUCGAGAAACCGCGCAAAUUCAACAGUACACCAAUUGAGCGAAUGUCUUUGACGAGAUCAUUGAAUGAGAGCGAUCGAGCGUCGACGAGUAAUGCGGAGAGUAGCACGUCAAAUAAAUGA